GUAGCCACCAUGAUGGUCGGCGUCGAUAGUAGUCUCGUUUUGUCAACUUUAACGCUUAUGCCGGUCGCCUAGUGCGCUCUAUGCGAGAGAAGGUCCUAACACCAAAUAUUGUCGAUAGAAUCGCUGUUUACAGUUAGCUGUAUAGCUAUAUCUGUAGAGAAUCGGUUUCCGCGAGAAGGAUUCAUUAUUUUGGGCUCUAACCAGGGAGGUCUGUGUUAGCGAAGAUUCAGUGUAGGAGAAACAUUUUGCAUUGCGCUUCGGUAUGACUCCUUCGGCAUCGUCUAAGAAGGGCAAAACUAAACUCGAGGAGUUUUUUGAGGUCGCAGAACGGAGGAAAUCGCUGACCUCAAUGGACCUUUGGCUAAAGAUGACAUCAUCGCAGAGCCAAUUGUCAACGUUAAACCAGAGGCGAACUCAUAACGGCUCUUCAAAACCAAAGUCUUCGAGUUUUGCUCUUAAAGGUAAUGGUCGCAUGCCAAGAGAGUACGAGUCGGAGACAAGCUUGAAAAAUGGCCUGGCCGUGAGAAAGGAAUCACACCCGCCUACUUGUCCGAAGGUACAUACAUCGACAUCUAUGGGAGGCAUUGAAGGCAUUAACAAUCGCCCACCCAUGUUAUUAGGAGCGGGCCAUUCCUUUACGCGCACAGUGGAAGGUGCGAGUGCCGGUAUUUCCGGCGUUGCUAGCGACGACGACGAUUCAAUUGAAAUUUUGAAAGUUGUUCCGUCAGUGAUUGACAGUAUCGGUGCUGCCUUUCCUAGUGAAGCUCCCGUAACAGAGGAAGAUGAAGAACGUUGGCUGCAGCAUGCAAUUAGGAAAUCAUAUGAAGAGACGCGAAAAGUUUUGCCUUCUAAGCAUUUUCCGCCACUGACGCCCCGCACGUCUCCUAGGAUACUAGCUCGCAAACGAGCACGGGCUUCGGAAAAGUAUUUGGAACCUGAUACGGAAGGAAAAGCAACAAGUAGCAAGUUUUUGAAGUUUUCUCCCGCUAAGUCCGUAUUUCAAUCAACAUCUCCGGCUGCAUCUAAUGAUGAUGACAGCAGCAAAGAUAAGGCAACAACUAGCAAGGUUCCGCCUGGUGAUCACCUCUAUACAUUUAAUGAGUUUGAUCGGAUGUUUGACGAUGUCUUCUUGGAUUUUGGUAUGGAAGUGACGGAUGUGGAAGAAGGCUGCCUAGUCAGGACGGGUAACUCGAAAGUGUCCCCCAGCGAUACCAAAGGACAAUCCAAAGCGCAAUACGGUAGACUCUUACCGACUGCCACCCAGUACCUGCUCGCGGAUGCACUGUGUGUAACAAAAAAGGACACAUUCGUUGAUAUUGGACAUGGUAUUGGUAAUGCAGUCAUCCAAGCAGCCUAUACAAUGGGCUGCGAAUCGCGCGGUAUAGAAGUUAUGGCCGGUCGCAAUUUGGUGGCCGAGCUCAUUAUGGAAAAUUUAGAAGGACAACGAAAAGUACAUCAUGAGCGAGAUAAUAGGAGCGUGAUUGUUGGAAAAAUUCUGCUGCGGCAUGGUCGUUUAGAGGUCCCUGAACACCGCACAUUUUUGACCAAUCCAGAAGGUGUAACCAAGGCUUUUCUUGACAAUUUCAAUGGCGUGUUUGCGGAUCGAUCGGCCAAGCUACGACAACGGUACACACUAGACCAAUACAAUGCCGGACUGUUUGCAUUGAUGAAACCCGGAUCAAUGCUAGUUGCUUUGCACAAGUUAGACCUAGGUCCAACAUAUUUGGAGGCCAACACCUAUCGGAAGCGACACAAUUUAGCCAAUCAGGACAAUAUCUUGGCUUCAUUUUACGCUCUGGAAGAAUUCAGCUUUGGACCUGCAUGUAACGCUGUGACUUGGUCACAAGGUGGUGGUUGUACAGAUGCUAUAAUUGGGUACAAGUAUACCAGGCUAAAUCAGAAGACGCCAGAAGGCAAGGCCGUGUUUCUGUGCUGCAAUCGUGAUUGUGACAUAGCUCGUGCGGGAACACCAAUUGAUGCCACGCGCCUAGUGGAGUCGGAUGAGGGGGAUGGUACACGGGUUGUAAUUAAUACAUGCAUUUGCAAAUACACACCAAUUGCACCUCGAUCGGGACGUAACAGGAGGCCAAGAAAGUUCAGGGAAUCAUUGUCGGAAGAAUCAGAUAGUUGA